AUGCCAAACAUCUAUGAGAUUGAUAAUGAUAAAGUUGUGGGUUUUGAGAAGGAAGCACAAACAAUCAUAAAUCAACUUAUUCGUGGGUCAAAGGAGAGAGAAGUUGUUUUAAUUACUGAUAUGGGCGGAUUGGGAAAAACGUCUUUAGUCAAGAGAGUGUAUGAUGAAAAAAUUGUAGCCAACCACUUUCACACCCGUGUAUGGUGUACUGUUUCUCAAGAAUAUGAUUGUAAAGACUUGUUAAACAAAAUAUAUAAUCAAGUUUGCGGCAAGGAGACAGAGAUUGAUAGUGUAGCUGAAAAGCUUCGCAAAAGCCUGAUGGGUUGGAGAUACCUCAUAGUGUUGGAUGAUAUUUGGAGUCUCAAAGCAUGGGAAGAGUUGAAUAGAGCUUUUCCCUCAUGUGAUAAUGGAAGCAGAGUUGUUUUAACAAGCAGACAAGAAAGUGUAGUUUCUGAUGCUAAACAUAUUUGCCUUCCAUUCUUCACUGUUGAUGAGAGCUGGGAAUUAUUGCAAGUGAAGUUAUUUCAAGGGAAGGGAUGCCCUAAAGAGCUUGAAAAUAUUGGAAAAGAAAUAUCUAAAAAGUGUGGGGGACUACCUUUGGUUGUUGGUUUGGUAGCCGGACUUCUGGGAGGAGUUGAAAAGAGUAAGCAAAUGUGGCAAGAAGUUCUUAAUACUUUAAGCUCACAUGUUGCAUUUAGAGGCGGAAUAAAGAGCAAUGAUGCAAUAGAACUUAGUUACAAUCAUUUACCAGAUCAUUUGAAACCAUGCUUACUUUACUUUGCAGCAAUCCCGGAGGAUAAAACAAUUGCAGCUUUAAAAUUGAUAAAUCUAUGGAUAUCAGAAGGAUUCAUAGACAUUAAAGAGAAAGAGAGGGUAGAAGACACUGCAGGGGAUUUCUUAAAUCAUCUUGUUGGUAGUAACCUAGUUAUGGUGUCUAACAGAAAGUAUGAUGGUCACAUCUUAUCUUGUGGUGUUCAUGAUUUGGUACGUGACUUUUGCUUAACAAAAGCUAAAGAUGAAAAUUUCUUGCACAUAAUUAAGAUGGAAAAAGUGUUGGAUCCAACUCUAAAGUUGACUGCACAUCGAAUAUCUUUCCAUAGAUGUAGUGGUCAUCAUGAGAUUCCUAAUGAAUUGGUACCUUGGAAUUCUUCUAUCCGCACACUUUUGGGUUUUGAAAGUUCAGACAUUUGUGGUGAACGUCGACACAUUUAUAAAAGCUCAUGGGUUGCUAAAAGAUUUGAACAUCUCACAAUCUUGGAUUUAGAGUUUAUUCAAGUGGACAUAUCAAUUAUGUUCGAAGUCAACUCAUUAAUUCAUCUAAGGUACCUAGCUCUCAAAUUAUGUGGAAGCGGUUCUAUCUCUCCAUGGUUACUCGAGAAUCUUCAGUGUCUCAUAACGUUAAAGUUGACUUCAGGAGGAGAUGCACAUUUGCCAAAACUUUUUUGGAAUAUGCGAAGUUUGAGAAAUAUGGUUAUCCACCACUACUGUUCCAAGUCAUGUCCAAUGGAAGGAGCAUCAACUAUGGAAACAACUCCCAGUGAUUUAGAAGUCUUGCAAACCUUAAAUUUGAAUGUUUCUCUUUGUAUAAGGGACGAACAUUUAUUGAGGAAACUUCCCCAUCUAAAAAAUUUGAGGUGUGCGGUCUCAAAAUCAUAUCCAUUUGCUGAGAUUGACUUUCUCCGCCAUCUUGAGUCUCUUGAGUUAUCCGGCACGGGUAGAUGUAAACCACAUCUUCUUAAUGAUCUUAAACUUACCAAGUUCCCAUCAAAUAUUAAGGAAAUACAUUUCUCUAUGCUUACUCUUUCAUCGUCUGCAAUCUCGAUAAUUGCACAACUCUCCAAGCUCGAGGCUCUAACACUAAAGCAUUGCGUGUUCGAGGAUUUAGAAUGGAAUGUGGAUGAGGAAACCCAAUUCCGCAAACUCAAAUUCCUCCAAUUAUUCUUUCCUCAUAUUAGAAUUUGGAAUGUUAGCAGUGCUGCCGAGUCCUUUCCUUGCCUCGAGCAAUUAAUUCUGGAGGGAUGUUUUAUGCUAGAGGGGUUGUCAUAUAGCUUUGCUGAUAUUUCAACAUUGGAACUAAUCAGUGUGGUGAACUGUCCCAAUGUUGAUAGUUCAGUGAAGAAAAUUCAAGAAGAUGUACAGAGUAUGGGAAGUGAGCAACUCACUUUUGAUAUUGGUAAGUGA